GCCUGACUUUUGUCUUUUCCCUUCCAGAAUGUAUGACAACAUGUCCACCAUGGUGUACGUGAAGGAAGACAGGCUGGAGAAGCUCACGCAGGACGAGAUUAUCUCCAAGACCAAGCAGGUGAUUCAGGGGCUGGAGGCUCUGAAGAACGAGCACAACUCCAUCCUGCAGAGUUUACUCGAGACACUGAAGUGUCUGAAGAAAGACGAUGAGAGUAACCUGGUGGAGGAGAAGUCCAACAUGAUCCGGAAGUCGCUGGAGAUGCUGGAGCUGGGCCUGAGCGAGGCGCAGGUGAUGAUGGCCCUGUCCAACCACCUGAACGCCGUGGAGUCGGAGAAGCAGAAGCUGCGCGCACAGGUGCGCCGCCUGUGCCAGGAGAACCAGUGGCUGCGGGAUGAGCUGGCCCACACGCAGCAGAAGCUGCAGAAGAGCGAGCAGUCGGUGGCCCAGCUGGAGGAGGAGAAGCGGCACCUGGAGUUCAUGAACCAGCUGAAGAGAUACGACGACGACGCCUCCCCGUCCGAGGACAAAGACACCGAUUCCACCAAAGAACCUCUGGACGACCUUUUCCCGAACGACGACGACGACCCCGGUCAAGGAAUCCAGCAGCAGCACAGCAGCGCCGCGGCAGCCGCGCAGCAGGGCGGCUAUGAGAUCCCAGCGCGCCUGCGCACCCUGCACAACCUGGUCAUCCAGUACGCCUCCCAGGGGCGCUACGAGGUGGCUGUGCCCCUGUGCAAGCAGGCCCUGGAAGACCUGGAGAAGACCUCCGGCCACGACCACCCAGACGUGGCCACCAUGCUCAACAUCCUGGCCUUGGUGUACAGGCUAGUACUUCCCCUGUCCUUCAUUUCUCCAGCAACAGAAUACUCCGGUGCUUCAUUCCAGAGACCUGAGAAGACUCUGGGCAAAGACCACCCCGCGGUGGCAGCGACUCUGAACAACCUCGCGGUGCUUUACGGCAAGAGAGGGAAGUACAAGGAGGCGGAGCCGCUGUGUAAGAGAGCCCUGGAGAUCCGGGAAAAGGUUUUGGGGAAGGACCACCCGGACGUGGCCAAGCAGCUGAAUAACUUGGCCCUGCUGUGCCAGAACCAGGGCAAGUACGAGGAGGUGGAGUAUUACUACCAGCGGGCCCUUGAGAUCUACCAGACCAAGCUGGGGCCCGACGACCCCAACGUGGCCAAGACCAAGAACAACCUGGCCUCCUGCUACCUGAAGCAAGGGAAGUUCAAGCAAGCGGAGACCCUGUACAAAGAGAUCCUCACGCGUGCGCAUGAGCGGGAGUUCGGUUCUGUGGACGACGAGAACAAGCCCAUCUGGAUGCACGCGGAGGAGAGAGAGGAGUGCAAAGGAAAGCAGAAGGACGGGCCCGCGUUCGGAGAGUACGGCGGCUGGUACAAGGCCUGCAAGGUGGACAGCCCGACCGUCACCACGACGUUAAAGAACCUCGGGGCGCUCUACAGGCGCCAGGGCAAGUUCGAAGCUGCAGAGACCCUGGAGGAAGCCGCCAUGCGGUCACGCAAGCAGGGUCUUGACAAUGUUCACAAACAGAGAGUGGCCGAGGUGCUGGGCGACCCCGAGGGCUCGGAGAAGCGCCGGAGCCGGGAGAGCCUGACCGUGGACACGGUCAAGUACGAGAGUGGUCCUGACGGAGGGGAGGAAGUGAGUAUGGGCGUAGAGUGGAGCGGGGACGGCACUGGAUCGCUGAGGCGCAGCGGCUCCUUUAGCAAGCUGCGGGCCUCCAUUAGACGCAGCAGCGAGAAGCUGGUUAGGAAGCUGAAGGGAGGAAGUGCCCGAGAGAGUGAGCUGAGGAACCCUGGCAUGAAGCGAGCCCGCUCUCUGAAUGUCCUAACCGUGGGCGGCAAGGCAGCUGAAGACCAUUUCCAAGUAAGGAGCCCCGCCCCCUGCCCCAACUCCCAGACCAGGUGGCGGGCGGCCGCAGGGCAUCGCGAGCUGGGUCAGACAGACAGACAGACAGACAGGCGCCACAUGACGCCUCCUGAGCACGGACUGGGCCGGGCUAUGGGAAUGUCACGUCGUCAGCAUUCUCGGUACAUUAAUCAGUGGCCUUGAGAAAUGGUCUGGUCGGCCUGAUGGAAAUGAAACUUUCUGAUGGAGUGAUGCCU